AAUGGAUGCUUUUCGAUUGGCAAACACAGCCUUGGCCACAGACAUAUUUAAAAUAUUAAAUGAAAAGAGCAAGACUGAAAACUUCAUCUUCUCGCCAUUAUGUAUUUCAUCCACUUUGGCUUUAGCUUUUAAAGGAGCCAACGGAAAUACUGCAGCUGAAAUAGAAAAGGUUCUUCACGUUGAAAAUGUCAAUGAUUGUGACUUUAGAUUUCAAACUCUGAAUUCAGACAUUAGUAGGAUUAGUGCUGCAUCUUCUUUGAAAAUGGUCAAACGUGUUAUGUGGACAGUAGCUUCAACUGCACUAAGUAAGAAUAUAAAUUUAACAAAGAAACCAUAUGCAUCAGAGCUGGAAAUAAUUGACAUCAAAAGCCGAGCAGAAGAAGCCAGAAAGCAGAUAAAUAACUCCGUAAAAGACCUCACUGAUGGCAAUAUGGAGAAUGUGUUGGCCGAGGGCUUGUUGAAUGAAAAUACUAAUAUGAUUCUGUUGGGAGCUUCAUACUACAAGGGAAAAUGGUUAUAUAAGUUCAAUGAAUCAGAAACAAAAGAGUGCGAUUUUUAUGUAACCAAGACUGAAACUAAACCAGUUCAGAUGAUGCAGCUAGAGGCACGACUCGGCGUGAGAAGAAUAAACGAAGAGAAUUUGGUAGUCCUCGAUAUCCCAUUUGCAAGCAAACUGAUGAGCAUGCUUAUUAUGAUGCCAAAUAGCAUUGAAGAUGACUCCACUGGACUAGAAAAGCUGGAAAAAGAGCUAACAUCUGACAACUAUAUCAACUGGACUAACCCCAGCAUGAUGGCCAACAGCAAAGUAAAGCUGAGUUUGCCUAAGUUUAAGAUAACAAGCAGUCUUAACUUAAAGGAGAAACUGAAGAGCAUGGGCAUGAAUGAUGCAUUCAAUGAAGAGGUGGCAGAUUUUUCCAAAAUGUCAGAGAAGAAGGGUCUGUCUGUGUCUGAAGCAAUUUAUGAAAAUAGCAUAGAUAUAGGAGAGGAUGGCACUGAGACAGUGGAUGCCAUACGAGAGAGAGUCCUGAUGUCGAAAACGGAAUGUAAAGCUGACCACCCUUUUCUGUUCGCUAUCAAACACACCAAGACACAAGGUAUUCUAUUGUGUGGCAGGUAUACAGGCCCUGCAGCUUCAUCUUAGGUAAUCAAAAUGAGAUUGCGGCUUUAGUAUUUUAUUUUUUGUUUGCUAGCCUGCACAUCAUGUAUCCGUAUAUGUAUGCACAUAGACAUUUUACUCAUGUAAUAUUGCUAU